CAAACUUUUAUUUGGUCCCCCACCAUGUAGAGUUUACCUGAUGCCUUGUCUCUUUGCUGUUUACAGGUCAGUGUGUAGUUGACAGUGAAUUUCAGUCUCCCCGUGUGUGUGUGUAUGUGUGAGAGGGAGAGAGAGAGAUUGAUGAUAUUGAAGGGCAGUUCCGUGGUAGGAUUCUUGGAGAUGAGGAGGAACACAAUGUCGAUGUUGUAUGAAGGGCUAGUGUCUUGGUGAAAGCAAUACUCUUUGAGGAUCCUUCACAAGUAAGAUACAGAAUUUGUCAUCCUCAAGUUGAUUGUUAAUAUGGGGGAUCCGAGCCUCGGAUACACACUAGAUGAAGCACUUUCGACUGUGGGGUUUGGGACUUUCCAAGCUCUUGCUCUAGUUUUUGCUGGAAUCAGUUGGUUUUCAGAAGCAAUGGAAAUGAAUCUGCUCUCCUUUAUUGGGCCGGCAGUCAAGUCCGAGUGGUCACUUUCUCCCACCGAAGAGAGCCUUUUGUCGACUGCCGUUUUUGGUGGAAUGCUUGUUGGAGCACUUUUCUGGGGCUUCGUAUCGGAUGCCUAUGGGAGAAGGAUAGGAAUGCAAGGUAUAGUUUUAGUAAUAGCUGGAGGUGGACUUUUAAGUGCGUUUUCUCCAGGUUACAAGUCACUCGUCUUACUUCGUUGUAUUCUUGGAUUUGGUGUGGCCGGUGGGCAUGUAUUUGCCUCUUGGUUUCUGGAGUUCGUCCCGAGCUCUAACAGAGGUGCUUGGACGCUUAGCAUAUUAGUUUUCUGGAUACUUGGAGAACUAUUUGAGGCUUCACUUGCAUGGAUUAUAAUGCCAACAUUGGGCUGGAGGUGGCUACUUGGUUUGUCUGCUUUACCAGCUUUGUUGGUGUUGAUAUUCUCCGUUUUUGUGCCAGAAUCUCCGAGAUACCUUUUUGCGGAAGGUAGAAUUAACGAAGCAAUCGACAUUUUGAAGAAAGUAGCUCUAAUGAACCGAAAAAAACUCCCUGCUGGCACUCUUGUAUCCGACCAAACAAAGCAUCUGGAUGAAGAAAAUUCUCCUUUGACAGAAACUCAUCUUCUUUCCUUAACCCAAAAGAAGACAAACAGUCUGCAAACAAGCGCCAAGAACUUGUUUGAACUGUUCUCCUCGGAUUUACUGGGAACUACCCUUCUAUUGCUGCUUUUGCAUUUUGGAUUCACAUUUGCAUUUUACGGUGUUGUACUGAUGAUCUCGGCCGUGAGCAGUGAACCAAAUGAUUGUCGCUCAUUAAAUAUCCUUCUCAGAAAUGGUCAUGAUACAAGCCUCUAUCGUAAUGUUUUGAUCACUUCUUCAGCAGAAAUUCCAGGGCUGAUCAUAGCAACCGUUUUCGUGGAGAGAGUAGGCCGCAAGCUCACCAUGGGAAUCCUGACAAUGUUAGCUUUCAUCUUAAUGCUGCCACUGUCUUUCCACCAAAACGAGGUUGUGACUACGGCAUUGUUGUUCUGCGCACGCAUGUUACUCUUUGCUGCAUUUUCCACCUUGACCACGUACGCAAAGGAGGUUUAUCCAACUUCUAUAAGGGCCACGGGGUCUGGACUUGCAACCUCAGUGGGAAGAAUUGGUGGAAUGAUAUGCCCUCUGGUGGCAGUAGGAUUAGUGAGAGGAUGCCAUCAAACACUUGCAGUUGUUUUGUUUGGAAUUGUUAUACUUAUUUCUGGACUCUGUGUGCUGUUGUUCCCUUUUGAGACCAAGGGAACACCACUCACAGACACUGUUACUAAGUAGUAGUAAUGCACAAUCACUUCUUAUUCAUACAAUCUUGGAUUUAUGUUCAUCUAAUUACCUGUUUUAAGGUUGAUUUUCGUAGUCUCACGUUUACCAUUCUUGUAAUGAGUUGGUAGUUUAGUGUUUGUGGGGUAGUGAUGUAA